CACACAAAAUAAAAUAAAAGCAGCAAUAUAAAAGUAAAAACAAACAUCCAAGCAAAACACAAGAGGAGAGAAAAAAACUCACUCAAAUACUAAACAUUCUCUAACAGCGCAACGACCACCACCAGCGAAAAUGAGUCAAUCGUGUCUGCCAGUCAAUGCCAAAAUGUCGAAGGCGAAGAAAGUGUUGGAUGAAGCGCGUGAAACGCAGAACCGUGAGCUCGAUUUGGUCGACAAGGGCAUUAGCUCCUUCGAGGAGCUGCCGGGAUUGUUCAACAUGUCCUACAUCACGCGCCUCACUCUGAGCCACAACAAGAUCACCAUGAUCAGCCCGGGUAUUGCCAACCUACUCAAUUUGGAAAUAUUGAAUUUAUCCAAUAACGGUUUGCGCGAGCUGCCCGUAUCGCUAUCGUCAAUGCCGAAAUUGCGCAUACUAAAUGUGUCGCUAAAUCGUUUGGACAGCCUGCCACGUGGUUUCGGCGCUUUCCCCGUGUUAGAGGUGUUGGACCUCUCCUACAACAAUCUCAAUGAAAAUGUUUUGCCGGGAAAUUUCUUUAUGAUCGAAACACUUCGCGCACUCUACUUGGGUGACAACGACUUCGAACACAUUCCCAAGGAGUUGGGCAAUUUGAAGAACCUGCAAAUACUCGGCUUGCGCGACAAUGAUCUGCUCGAUUUGCCGCGUGAAAUUGGCGAACUGACGCGUCUGCGCGAAUUGCAUAUUCAAAAUAAUCGGUUGCAGGUGCUGCCACCGGAAGUGGGUAAUCUGGAUUUGUUAGGCAGCAAAUCGGUGAUGAAGAUGGAGGAGAAUCCGUGGGUGGUGCCCAUACAGGAGCAAUAUCUGCUCGGUAUUAGUCACGUCAUCGAGUACAUAAAAACGGAAACAUACAAAAUUCUCUACAAUCGCCACAUAAAGAGCGAACGUGGCCCACCACCGCCAAAGGCCGAUAAGAGCAAGAAGGCGUCACGUGUACGCGCCUAAGCUGACUCAGUCGAAUUAUCGCUGCAUAAAUUUUGAGUUUGCCAGACCGUUGUGCCUUUGUGUGGAAAACAAAAUGAUUGAAACUAAUGUUUUUCAAGUGUAUUAACCAUAAAUGUUUUGUAAUUGUAUUUGCUGCCGGCACCAAUGUGCGUUCGCAUACAUACUGAUAUAAUUUUGUACUAAUAAUGUUAAGUAAAUGUUAAAUUAUUUCAAAACCUCCAAA